CUCGAGGAUUUUUCAAAAAUGGGUGUUGUUGCUCUAUAGAGGUUACUCAGCUAAGGUGUAGUCUUUCCCGACUUGUGUUAUAUUGUUAUAACCAAUGCACAACAAGAGGCUUGUAACUUUACAACUAAAAGCCUGUAAAUCUCGCGCGAACACCUUUUCGUAGCCAAGACUUUUUAACUUUCUGUCUGUAAUAUUUGCUGUCCCAAUAAAGACAAUAAUACUAUAACAUUUCCUAUUACAGGUUACGUUGAACAAUCGAAAUAUUCUCAUCAUUGGUGGCUGUGGACAUGCAAAUAUGGUAUGCCAUCAAAUUUUUUGUACUUAUCAGGGCUUUCAAAAGAAGCCGGCGACGCAAUUUUCCGUUUCGUAAACCGCCAGAGUGAGCAGUAACAAUCAGUGUCACCACUUUCAGCGUGCGUGACAUUCGGCGAAUAUGAAAUGUGAUACUCACCACGCAAAACACGCGUUGAAACGCACGUGUUGUGCUAGCAUCUGUAGUAAUUUUGUAUCGAGUAUCGUUUGCUCGGUGUCUUAUUAAAUUUCGUCUUCAAAUAUUGUUGACAUCUUGAAAUUCUGAAAUUUAUCUAAACUUUCGGCUGAUACAGUAGGUCCCGUGUAUAGUGGCACGUAACUUGAAAUUACGUUUGUCUGACGCGCAGAAAUUUUUAUUCCAGUCUUCGCAGUUUUCCAGCAACCUUUCUAAUGCCUUUACGUGAAGAUCUUCUUUCCCUACUUCAGAUAACGCAUUUUUAAAGCUGGCGACAGUCUAUAUCAUUGACAGCCGUAUUGAAAGCUCGUCAAAUAUAUAUAUAUAUAAAGAAAGCCCAGUAAACUUGUAAGGCCGUAAAUGUCAUUAUCAUUUCUCUUUUCUUAUCGCAUCGAAGGUAGAAGAAACGUGAGCGAUGACAUACCGUAAUUAUCGUUGCGAUACAUACAUACACAUUUUAUUUAGCGACGCUAACCCCGACAACUACAAUGACUAUCGUAUCGACUAUGUGUACAAAGCUUUUUUAAGUUUCUAGACGAUAACGGCGAUAUGAUUUUUAAGUCACUUGUGUUGUUUGUGUCGUUUUUAACACGUUGGAACGCGCUCUUAAACGCGUGUUUUGCGUGGUGUAUAUCUCAUUUCAUAUUCACCGGAUGUGAUGCACAGGGAAAGUAGUGACACUGACUGUUACUGGUGACCAUGUCGGUUUACGAAACGGAAAAUUGCGUCGGCGACCGCCGGAGCUCUGGUGGUUGUUAUGAAGUUCACUGCGAGCUAUUGUCUUUAAACUAUACCUUAAAUACAGCCUAGACCUAGGCCUUUACUCGGCUGGCUUUGGAAGGUAUCUUUGGCAGGUUUGGUCAAUUUCCAACUAGCAUUUGGUAAUUAUCGCAAUGGUCAUUUGCCUCGUAAAGGCCUAGUAGAUUUCACAAGUUCUCAAAUUAGCCCAUGCAUAACUUCUUGAUCCGAAAUUGAUCAGAAACCAACAACUAAAGCAAUUUAUACUGCCCAGUAUAGUUAUUACAUUAACUAUAAAAACAUUUAUGACUAAACUAACCUAUUAUUAGUUUAUAAAUGUCGCGUUAAAUUGUAUUAAACAUCUUUAAAGGCCUUUAAAGUUCCAACAAUUUUGUACAUGCACUGAUUUAUACUCGAAAUAAUUCUUUUAUUCACUUACACUCUACUGUUUUGCUUUGAAUAACUAUACUAUUUGCGGAUCGGGAAUGAGGAUUUUAAAAUUAUUGUUCAAGUAUUAUGGAUAUACCAUUUGUAAACAAUAUACGUUUUAUACAGUACUGUACGGGCUAAUGAUAUAUGUUUCCGCUUUAUUUAAUAAAUUAUAAUUGUACAGGGUGUCUCAAAAAAACCCAAAAUCAUUGAAAUAACGUAUUGUUCGAAUUUCAAUGCCGUAACACAAAGGAUUUUGACAGGGUGAUUAAUUUGUUUUAAAAAAUUAAAAUAUCUUUGUAAAGUGAACAUUUGUUUGCUCAUGGGAAUUUAAAAAUGCUUCGUAAAUUGUAAUAUGCGUAAUAUGCAUUCGUGGGUUUAGUACUUUAUGCCUGACAUAACAAGUUUACGCUGAGUAUUACCAUUCAUUAUAGCAGUUAUGUCAAUCUUUUAUGCACUCGUGGGAUUAACUUAGUGCUAGGGCAUUGAAUAUCGAACAAUACGUCAAUUUCAAUGAUUUUGGGUUUUUUUGAGACACCCUGUAUAUGUGUUUGUAUAUUUUACAAACACAAGUCAAGACUGCUUCUUGCCAAAAUUGAGAAAAUAUAUAUUAAUGUAGUUGUGUAUAAGACAAAAUUUCAUGAAAGAUUCUACUUUUGGUAUAUACAGGGUGUAUCAAAAAUCAAAGGUAAUCGAACUUCAGCGCGAUAUUGCACGUGAAUUACUCGGCGUAUAUGAACAAUUGGUUUUCAUAUUCGGAAAGAUCAGGCUUUUAGCUAUUGAAUGGCAUGCUUUUCAUGCCAAGUGGAGAACAAAUAUGCAUGUACGAGGCCGAUUAAAAAUGUUAGUCAAAAUCGCAUAUUUUCACCUUUGUGCCUAAUUAAAACAAUGCAUAACAAAAGAAAAAGCAAUUAAUCACGAACGUGUCGUAGCUUAGCUAAGAUUUAUUCCUACUUAAUAAUAAUUAUGAAUACAUAUUGAAGUGAAAUUCAUCAACUUAAGUACCAAAGGGGGUUUUAGACCCAACUCUCAACGGUGAAAAUAUGCGAUUCUGACUAACAUUUCUUAUCGGAUUCUAUUUGCUCAUUUUGUAUCCAUUUGGCAUGAAGAAGAUAUCAUUCAACAGCUAAAAGCAUGCUCUUUCCGAAUGUGAAAAAUCUCGUUCAUACGCAGAGUAAUUCAGAUACAAUAGCGCGCUGAAGUUCGAUUACUUUUUUUUAUACACUCUGUAUAUUUUGACUCAUUUUGUGCUUUCGCUACACUUUGUCAACAUAAUAAUAGUGUUGCUUCAAACUUUAUGAUAAAAACCCCGAUUUUCUAGACGUGUAUACAAAUAAAAAUAGUAAGUUUAUACUAUAAAUGAGUUUAUUUUACCUGUAUCGGUUUAAAUUCGCUGUUUAUAAGUUGCAAAUAAUUCUGUUUGAGAACGCAAUAAUUGGGCAUUUCGCAACCAGGGCAGUUUCAGGGCAGUUUUGGCCUUGUUGUUGGGAAAUCCACUAGGCCUUCUAUUUUUUCGCUUGCGUCCUUCCUCCGCCCGCCCCCAAAUCACCUAGUCCCAGUCUUUUCAUGUGAAAAAUUGCUGAAUAUUAAAAAAAAAAUAAAAAAUAGAAGGCCUAGGUCUAGGCUGCCUUAAAUAUAUAAAAAAUUGGAGUUUUCAACAAUGUUUGAAGUAUUAUUUAAAGAAAGAGCAGCAAUGGUUUAUCAGGUUUAGGGCAAGUUGUGUGGAUUGCUAAACUACAGUAACUAUCAAAAUAUUGCCAUACGCAUGAGUGUGUGAAUGCGGUAGUUGUUUAUACAAGGCGUAUAGAAGAAAAACUGCACAGUUCGAAAAUGUCCGCUCAACUGCAAAUUCCGCAAAAUUUGUGAAAACUUUAUGCAAGCAUGGGUAGUUUGGGAUCUGCUAGUAUCUUUACCACUAAAAUCUUUUUGAAAAGUAUAUUUUCGAGUGUAGGAGGGUUGUUUAGUUAAAAAAAAACACUUCAAAAGUGGCUUGCACACAACUUAAAACGCAAUUUGGAUUGCAGGGUGCAAAUUUAGAACUUUCAAAGCCCUACGCGCGACCUCCACACUCACAACUUGUUGACAAAUUGUUGAAUUGCAGGACGAUAACAAGUUGUUGGAACAACUUGUAACAAGUCUCAGCUCAACAACCUUGUAGCAAGUUGUUAACAAGCUAUUGCCAACUUGCCAACAAGCUGGGAACAAGCAGUGCGAACACAUCCUGUUGACAAGUUGUUGGAACAGCAUUGCUACAAGUCUGCUGCAGGUUUGUUACAACUUGUGCGUUUUUACGUAUGUAGUAGCCUUCCGCGCAUAAUUUAUCCCACGUAUGAAGCAUGACUGAUUUUAUGCAUGACUAAUUUCUUACGUAUUCUUUACAAAAAGUUAAAAAAUUAUGCUUGACAGGCUACUAUGACAAAAAGUCCGAGUUUUAGUGUUUGUACAACGGUCCCACAGAUUAUACACCCUGUGUAAUAAAAAGUCAUUCUACUGAGUCUCGUCGUGUAUGGUUAAUAGAGAGUUUACGAUCUAUGACGCUACCGGUUCAACGACGCGAUCUGAAUUUCAGCUCAAAAAUGAGCGUUAAGCAAUUUAAUAUUUUGAUUACUGUAAUAAAUGUUUGAACCUUUUUGAAAUAACCUUGAAAACGGCUAAGUUCCAUUAAAGCGAUGCAAUGUUUGCUGUAAUUUCGACUUUAAGUAACACCUCGUGGGUCGCAAUAAGCUUUCACGUUGCAAGACGCGAUAAUGCUUAGUUUAACGUUUUGUUGAAAAUGAGAAAGCCGUUGAAAAUAUCCCUGGGACCACAAAUUGUUCACAGUUUUUGUUUUGCAUGACAAACUUCUUUCUUUCGCAAGCGCGUGGUUGAGCCGGCCGCGUCGUUGAUCAACUCGUUGCUACGCACCUCGUCGUCUAUCAGCUAGCUUAUAUACGACUCGAGUUUGCACAAUAACUGUUAAAUAUAUCUUAAAUAUACUUACUGUAAUUGCAGGUGUUUUCAGAUGUGUGGUUUUUAAAUGUAGAAAGUUGGACGUGGUAUGAAAUAUCAGUAAACAACAGCAUAUACGCUGCACCGCAACUCUGGUCACACCCAGCAGUCAUGAUUGAUCGAACUGUAGUAGUCUUCGCUAGCCCUGUGACGUCAACAGUCAACUCAGCAGCCGCUAGUCUUAUGACUGGUGUACCGCAGGCUCUGAUGAAACUGUACUCCCUCGAUUGCAGUGAACUGGAAACGAGUCAGAAGUGUUCGUGGCGAGCGGUUUUGAGCAACAACAAAUCAAUACUGGCAAGUUCCCUUCAUUCGGUAAAUGUCUGUGAAGAUAUGAUCCUUAUUUUUGGAGGACUCAGUGAUAAACAGACUGUUGAAACAGCGAAUAACACUUUAGUGUUCGUAACACCGUUUUGGACAGAUUGAAUAACCGUAAUUGAACAGUGUUCAUAUGGCAGCCGAGUUAGACGACUGGCCAAGUCAUCAUUUUGUACAACUGGAUGGCAACUUUAUGUUAGAAACUGG